CACAAAUUCACUCUUCCAUGAACUUUCUUUUAUGAAGGUGAGCUUGGUAAUUAUAUAUGGCAACAAAAACAAAAGACACGAGUGUGGUGGGGAAGGAGAAGAAGGUUCCAUCUUCAAAUUCUUCAACCACAAGCACCAGGAAGACCGUAACAAGAUCAUCCUCAACGAACAAGGGCACUUCAAAUCCCACAUCGGAGAAACAAAUCCCUAAUUAUCUAAAACCCACUAUAAGUUCAAAACGUCUUGAUUCCCACUCUUCUUUCAAGCUCCCUAAGAAUGAUCCUCCAUCAAAACCCACUCUAAACAGAAGAAGAUCUCUUGAACCAUCAUCAUCUUCGAGAGUUCACAGACAAACUCAUUCACCUUCUCCUUCAAGGCAACACAAAGCUCUUGUGUCCCCUGGUCCGCGAGAAAGGAAUGGUCCACGAGAAAGAAAUGUUCCUCUUCGAGCUUCAAGUCUUCCCAAUAAAAUUACUUCGAAACCUGCUUCUGAUAGAGUUACAAAGACCCCACCAGGAAGAACGCAAUCAUCAAGUGGGAAAGUUGUUAAGAAGAGUAGUAACACUAAUGCUUCUGCUUCAAACCCUAAACAUGAGUCAAAUAACAUUUCAAAGAGUAGCAAAAGUGCUCAACCAGAAGAAGGUAAAGAGUGUGCAAGUGAAGUGGUUGAAGAAGUGGGAAAAGUGAAUAAUACAGAAAAACUGACACAUCAAGUAGUUGACUCUGAACAUGAAAAUGAAAAUGAAAAUGAACAUGGGCAUGAGCGUGAGCGUGAGCUUCAUCACGAGAAACAUGGUAAUGAAGAAUGUGAGCAAGAUCAUGAAGAUGAGCAGAAAGGGGAUGACCAUGGAGAGCAGAAACAUGAAGAUAAUUCUGAAAACCAUGAUCAUAAACACGAGCAUGAUUCUGAAGAGCGUGAGCAUGAUCCUGAAGAGAAUGAGCAUAAUCAUGAUGAUCAUGAAGAGUGUAAACAGAAGCUUGAGGAGACAGGUAAACCUCAUGUUGAAGAGGAUAAUGAGAGGGACGUUCCUAGUGUUUUGGAAGAAGAGAAACAGAAAGAAAAUGAUGAUACAAAUCAAACUGAAUGCAACAUUCCAGAGAUUCAUGAUUCAGCAAUUAAAGAAGUUGAGGUUAAAGAAGAGGAGGAAAAAACAGAAAGUGGAGUUGUAGAAGAAGUUUGUGAGAGUGAGAGCAACAAUGAAGUGGAGGUAGUAAAAGAGAGAAAGGAGGUUGAAGAAGGAAGAAGUGAUGCAGAUGUUAAAGAUUCAAUGGAAGAAGAAAGAGAAAGUAAAGUAGAGAAUGAAGGUGUAGAAAAUGAAGCUCAAGAAGAAAAGGUUGCAGAGAAUGAAGUUAAAGAAGAAAGAGAAGAAACAAGUGAUGUUGUGGAAAAGGGCAAAGAAACUGAAACUUCUGUAUCCAAUGAUUCCAUUGAGGAGAAAGAGAGAAAAUUGAAAGCAAGGAGGAAUAGUGUAAAAGCAUUGGCAGGUGCAUUUCAAAAUGUCAUCGACCAUCAAAAAUGAACAAAACCAUGUGUAAAAUAUAUACGAGAUAGGAGAAUGAAGUAGAAAAAAGAAGAACAAUACUUAAAUUAAACACAUUUUAAUGUUUGUACCUUUCUUACACAAAGAUGGGAAAAACAUGUUAAACAUUUGUUGGAUUUUCUCAGCUAAUUGAGUUUCACAAAUG